AGUUGAGGGACUACAUAAAGGAACUAGGAUAUACAAUAGAUUGUGAUUUUUUCAUCAAGUGGGAUGGGUUAUUGGUCCUUGUUGAUAAUGAUAAGGUUAUAUUUGACCUUUCAAUAUGGUGAAUGAUGGGGAUACAGUGAAGGUGUAUGUUUUUCAUGGGGUUAGUGAAGCUAAUCAGGCCCCACUUGAAUUGGAGUUUGUCACCCAUGUGACUGAAAGUGGGGUAGGUGAGGAAUCUUUUAAUGAGACUUCUAAUAAUCAGCCUCCUACUUCUACUUUUCCUUCCAUCCCUACAACUGGUCCUUCUGAAACUUCCAGCACUCCAUUUGAAGCUCAGUCUUCUACUGUGCCUCCACCAUCUCCUUCUAUUGUGCCUCCUCCUUCAUCUGAUUAUCCUAUAAUAGAUGAUGAUCCAACUGAUGAUGAAGUGGAAGAUGAAUCAGGAUCUGAAGGGGAUACUAGUGAAGAUACUGAGGUUGACAGUGAUGUUCAUCAAGAGUAUGUAGAUAUAAGGGCAACCAAGAGGCAUUUCAAAAGGUCACAAAGGAGAAGUAGGGGAACUACUUCAGAUCAGAUUAAUGUUAAUGAGAAAGGUCCAGAUAUAGGGUAUGAUGAGACAAAUAAUGGUAUUAGGGAAAGCUUAGUUGGUAAGCUAGGAGGUGAUGAACCUUAUUAUCUAAGUGAUGAAGUUCCUAGCUUUGAAAUAGAUGGUGAAGAGGUUGAUCAAGUAGUGCAUAAACCUGUUAGGAGGAAGAAAACCCCAAAUAGAGUUGUGUUUGAUACAACUGCUGAAAAGAUUGUUUGGGAAUUAGGACUGGUUUUUGGAACUGUUGAAGAAUUUAGAGUGGCAGUGACAAGAUAUGCAAUCCAAGAACAUAUUCAAAUUGAAAAAUAUGUAAAUGAGCCUGGCAGAGUUAGAGUGAGAUGUUGUAAAGAGAGUUGUCCUUGGUUGUUGUGUGCAAGUAAGGAUAAAACUAGUGGAGAUUUCAUUGUUAAAACAUACAACCCUAUCCAUAAAUGUUUGACAUCAACUCAUAACUACCUGUGCAACUCAAAGUUUUUGGCCACCAAAUACAAAGAAAGAAUAACUCAACAGCCAAACAUCAGCAUUGUCUUGUUGCAGGACAUUAUUAGAAAGGAGUUGGAUAUUAAUGUUGGUAGGACAACAGUGAGAAGAGCUAGGACUAGAGUGUUACAAGAGAUCAUGGGUGAUCACAUUGUGGAGUAUGGUAGGAUUUUUGAUUAUAGAGAUGAAAUAUUAAGGAGUAAUCCAGGUAGUACUUGUGUAGUGAAGGUUGGAGAAGAUUCUGAAACUGGGCAGAAAAUUUUUGAAGGAUUUUAUGUUUGCUUCAAUGCUUUAAAGAAAGCAUUUUUUGGAGGUGCUAGAAGGUUGAUUGGUUUUGAUGGGUGUUUUCUCAAAGGUGUGUGUAAAGGCCAGUUGUUAGUGGCAGUUUGUAGAGAUGGAAACAACCAAAUGCUCCCUAUUGCUUGGGCAGUUGUUGAGGUUGAGAAUCAGUAUACCUGGACAUGGUUUCUUGAACUAGUGAAGAAUGAUCUUGAACUUGGAGAAGGGCAUCAACUAUCCAUCAUUAGUGAUAUGCAAAAGGGACUAGAAAUUGCUGUGGAUACUUUAUUGCCACUUGUUGAACAUAGAAAAUGUGCAAGACAUGUUCUUGCAAAUUGGUCAAAAAAUUGGAAAGGAGUUGAAAGAAGAAGAGUGUUUUGGAGGAUUGCUAAAUCCACAUUUCAAGCUGAGAUGAAGGACAAUAUAGAGACAAUGAGGAAAUUAGGACAAGAAGGUUUAGAUAAUCUUUUAUGGUACAAUUUGAAUACAUGGUGCAAGAAGUAUUUUGAAGAAUAUAGCAAAUGUGAUGUUGUGGACAACAAUAUGGCAGAAAGCUUUAAUGCUUGGAUAGUGUCUGCAAGGUAUAAAACCAUCAUUACAAUGCUUGAGGAGAUAAGGGUGAAGAUGAUGAAAAGAAUUGGUGAUUUGAGAGAGUUCUCAAACACUUGGAUCACUGAUAUAUCUCCUAUGUCUUUGAAGAUUUUGCAAGAAAACAUUCAAAAGUCUAUGCAAUGUAACUUGACUUGGAAUGGAGAAAGAGGUUUUGAGAUUAAACACCAUGGGUUUACACACACUGUGGACAUUGUUAGUAGGAGGUGUAGUUGCAGAUCUUGGCAGCUUAGGGGAAUUCCUUGUCCUCAUGGUGUUGCUGCCCUUCAUUACAAAAACUUGGAACCAAUCCAUUAUGUGGCUAGCUGUUAUAGCAAGGAAACCUACCUCAGCACAUAUGCCCAUUUUAUUCAGCCAAUGAAUAACAUGAAAAUGUGGUCAACCUCAAAUAAUCCAAUUGUAAAGCCACCAAAGAUCAGAAAGUUGCCUGGAAGACCAGUUAAGGUUAGAAGAAAGGAAGCAGAUGAAAGCAGAAAAACUGGAAAGUUGAGCAAAAGAGGUGCUGUAAUGACUUGUAGCAAAUGUGGCACACAAGGACACAAUAAAGGAGGAUGUCCUACAAGAAACCAAGCUGAUCCAAGUCAAUCAACUGAACCAGUUUCUCAGGCAAGAAGUACUGGUCCAAGUCAGUCAUCUGAACCAUCUUCUCAUACACUGGCUACUGAAAGUGGUAGAGGAGAAGGCACAGGAAGAGCAACAACAGGAAGAGCAAGUGGCAGAGGUGUUCCAGCUCAAUCACAUGAAAAUGUUACAAACACAGAGGUAGAGGUAGAGGUACAGGUAGAGGAGCAGGAUUAG